AACUUCUAAUGAAAAAAUAAUGGAUACCAAAGAAUCUCAAAAAAAUAAUUUUUCAUCAAUAUUAAGUAGAUUUCAUGCUGGUUAUUUUAGAAUAAGCCUUUCUUUAUGUAGCCAAGCGUUACUAUGGAAAACGUUAAGUGAUCCAUCGGACGAUAUUCAUAAAAUUCGAAAUAUUUUUCGUAUGCUUCCUUCUGCAGCUUUCAUUCUUCUAUGGUCUUUAGCUUUAUUCUCAUUAAUUUCACUCUCUUUACUAUAUCUUCUUCGCAUUUUCUUUCAUUUUGACAUGGUUAAACGCGAAUUCUUGCACCACGUUGGUGUAAAUUACCUUUACGCCCCUUGGAUAUCGUGGCUUAUGUUGCUACAAGCAACUCCAUUCUUCAAACAUGAAGGGGUUUGUUUUUUUAUACUUUGGUGGAUAUUCAUCGUACCAAUAUUAGCAUUAGAUAUUAAGAUAUAUGGACAAUGGAUUACAAAGGGCAAGCGUUUUCUAUCAGGAGUCGCGAACCCUACUAGUCAAUUAUCGGUUAUUGGUAAUUUGGUUGGAGCAAGGGCAGCUGCUGAAAUGGGAUGGAAUGAGAGUGCAUUAUUGUUGUUUGCAGUUGGAAUGUCACAUUAUUUAGUGUUAUUUGUAACACUUUAUCAAAGGUUACCAGGAAGUAGUUCAAUUCCAGCUAUGUUAAGGCCAGUAUUCUUCUUGUUUUUAGCUGCUCCUAGCAUGGCUAGCUUGGCAUGGAAUUCUAUUCAUGGAAAAUUUGAUUCUUCAUCCAAGAUGCUAUUCUUCCUCUCCAUUUUCCUCUUCCUCUCACUGGUAUCAAGACCAGCCUUAUUUAAGAGAUCAAUGAGGAAAUUUAAUGUAUCAUGGUGGGCAUAUUCUUUUCCUUUAACAGUUAUGGCUAUGGCAUCAACAAAAUAUGCUCAAGAAAUGAAGAAUACUGCUUCACACAUAUUAAUGUUGCUUUUAUCUGCACUAUCAGUCAUAGUAUCACUUGUCUUAAUGAUUUUUACUGCCUUAAAUUCCACUUCACUUUUACCUUGUGAUGCUGAUGAAUCAAUGCACUGCAUUAGUAUUAAUCAACGUACAUCAAUUGUAUAAUUGUAGUAAUUAUUUCAUUUAUUUAUUUAUUUUUCAAAUAAUUAGAACAACGUACCUAUGUAAUUAGUAAAUGAGUUGUACUAGUUAGGCUGUCGAUGAUUUUUGUAUGUAUUUGUGAUAAUCAAAGAUGGAAAUAAUACCUAAACUCUUUUAA